AUAUUCCUCUUGCUCCCAGUUAAUUUUAUCGAUACCAAUUGAACAUGUCGAAUAGAUCUGUGUACCUGUCCAAUGGGAAGCCUUUGUCACAACAGGCUCUUUACCAACAAAAGCUUAAACAAGGGGUUUUCAAUUCUCCUGGUAGCCCAAUAGUAGGGGUCAAUUCCAAUGCUUCCGACACCGCUGCUUUACUUGCUGCAUCCACCGAUUUAACUGUCAAGCCUAGUUAUGAACGGACCAUUGCCCAAGAGGCACAUAACGCUGCUCUGGCCGCUAGAAACGGGACCACGUCCACUUUUUCGUCCAGAACUGGAGCUGCUGCCGCUGCUGCUGCUCUUGGUGUCAAUGGAGGAACUGGUGUACCAGCCUAUAAUGGACCAUCUGUUUACAAAAAGGCUCUGUCCAACUCGACCUAUUCCAUUAGUUCCAGAACUGACCCUUCAGAAAGAGAUUACCGUUCAGGAUUGACCACUAAAUCUGCUGCCACCAACAUUAACAUUUCUAAAAUUAACCUGUUGGCCAAUAAGAAUUCAUCCAAGUCUCUUAAUUCUAGAUUUAACCCAGAAUUGGAUUAUCGUUCAGGUGUGGGUCAUCAAAAUAAAACUGCCACUGAGUUUUUAACUCAAGAUGAAGAAAAUUUGGCUGCCAAUGGAGCCGCUGCAUCAUUGAAAUAUGGAGGAAGUUCUUCUACUGAAGCUUCUUCACAACUUCGUAAUAGUAAAUCUUUUACUGCCAAUGAUGUUGUUAACAAGACAUUACUUGCCGCUGCCAAUAAGGCUGCCGAGGCAAGAUUGGCUCUGCUUAAUUCCUCUCAACCGUUGGAUUUUAAACAACAAGCUCAACUUUAUGCCAAGGCCUUAACAGUUGCUCAAAAAAAUUCUGAUGAUAGAAUUGCCAAUCAUAAGGUUGGUAUGAUUGAUUUGGGUGGAGGUUUAACCAUUUCUCAAUUGGAAUUAAAUAAAAUGGCUGCUCUUGUUGUUCAACCUGUUUUAAAUGAUAUUGAAGCUAAGGCUGAUUCUCAAAGAGAAGCAGAUGAAGCAUCUAAAAAGAAACAACAAGAACGUGUCAAGGAACAUGAAGCUUACAAGAAGGAAGAAUUCCAAAAGAAAUUGAAGGAAAAGGCUGACAUUGAACAAGCUAAACGUGAAAGAGUUCAAGCCAAUGAUCAGAAAAAACUGAAGGAAGAUGAUGAAUACACUGAAUUCCAAAAGGGUAGAAAUGAAGAAGUUGAUGUUAAAACAAAGGAAUUAAAGGCCAUUGAAUUGAAACAUCUGGAAGAAAAGGAACAACUUUUGGCUGAAAAGCAAGCAGAAGUGGAAAGAAUUGAAUCUGAAGAAACAGAAUUAAUUAAUGGUAGAAAGGAAGAAUUGAAAUCAAUGCAAGAUGAAAGAGAUGAGAUUUUGAAGCCUACUUUGGAAGAAUUGGAACAAGAAUUGGCCAAAUUAAAGGAAUUAACCAAUGCUAGAGAUGAAUUAUUAAAGGAAGUUGAAGCAUCAGAAUCUACCAAUACUGAAUAUCAUGCCAAGGUUAAGGAAUUAACUGAAAAUUUGGAAUCCACCAAGACUAGUAUUGAAGAAUUCACGGUAAAAUUGGAAGAAGCUACCACUAAACAUGAAGAAACUUCAAAGGAAUUGGAUGAAUUACAUGUUUUAUCUGGUACUGAAUUACAAAAGGCUGAAGAUACUCAUAAGGAUUUAGAUACCAAGAUUGAAGAACUUGAAAAAACUAAGCAAGAACAUCUUGAUACUAAGGCUAAACAUAAGGAGGACAUUUUAGCAUUGAUUGAUGAACAAGUUGUCAAUGAACACAAGAUUAAUAAGGAAUUACCUGAACAUUUACAACGUGACAUUGAUGAAAAGAAGUUGAGAGAUACUUCGUCAUUAUUUUCAAGUGAAGAAGCAGAAGUUACCGAAGUUCCAUUGAUCAAUAAGAAGGAAGAAGAAGUAGAAGAAGUUAAAGAAGAAAAGGAUACCGUAGAAAAGAAGGACGCUCCAGUGACUCCUGUCAAGGCGUCUACCGAUGCUAAGACCUCUCAAUCUAGUGCAUCUAAGAAGGAUAACAGAGCCAAGAAGGGAUUUAAGAAGUUUGCCAAAUUUUUCUCGGCUGAACCAUCGCAACCAACUCCUAGAAAGCCAUCCACUGGAACUCCCAAGAAGGCCACUGUUGUUCCAGCUACUGCCGCUGCUACUGCACCAACAACCGAAGUUGCACCUACCAAGACUAAGGAGUCCACCUCGGCCCAGAGUGUUGUAGACACCAUUGAUGACAACUCAUUAAAACAAAAGAAAAGUACACGUGGUGGAGUUUUCAAAGAAGAAAUCUAAUUGAAGAAAUUAUUCGAAACAUUUCAAAGACACCAUAAAUUUUCAGUUCUAGUAAAAUGAAUUUUUCGAUUCAUUUUCUAAGUUUAUUUCCCAUGUUUUUAUUAUAAUUGUAUUAUUGUUAUCC